GAUGACCAAAUAUCAGACCAAGUUAUUGAUAUUUUAUCACAGCUUGAAACAGCUUUAAGUGAAAUCAAUCAACUUAUUGAAAGUUUGAAUAAACCAAUUAACAAUUCAAUUCCUAUCAUAGAAGAAGAGUUAGGUGAACAAAAUCCUCUCACAAAAAUAAAAAAAGACCUUAUGCAAACUCUUGAACCUCAGAAAGCCUCUCGAAUCUCACUUUUUAAAGGAACAACUUGGAAGGAAAAACUUAAUGAUAUUUUGAAAAAACUUUCUACUCAUGCCAAGUUAAAAGAAAAUUAG